AUGAGCACCCAAACGCCUUCCAAACGCUCCAAAUAUGCCAACGAUGAGGAGCGCAAAGCUGCCGCCCGUGAGCGACAACGACUUUACGCUGCCCGGAAGCGCGCCGAAGCAAAGGAGGCCAAACUCCGCGAGUCCCAGUCCUCAAUUGAUCUCGAUGUUGUCCCACCACCGCCCGAGUCGGUAAUAAUUGUUGCAGCUGCUGUACCUGACAUUGUACCCGAGGUUGAAGCCCCGCUGCCCGUGAAAAAACGUGUUUCACGAAAGUCUGCGAUUGAUGCGACUGUGGUGACCACGGCGACGGUCAAUGCUCCAACCACUCCGAGAAAACGUGCCGGUCGUCGCAAGAACGAUGAGAAGGGAGAUGUUGUUGGAAUGAAUGGCGACAACGCAGUUCACGUUGUUUCGAACUUCGAUGAUACAGGGCACUCUUUGAAGCCAGAACAUAUCGAUGUAGAUAUCGCGGAGAAUGUCUCAAUUCCAUGGUCAUCACUAGUACAAUCAUUCUCUAAGCCAUUGACUGUGGAAUCAUUUGUUCCGCCAUCUUUGCGCCCUACGGACACCCUCCUCAUCCCCCCACAGCCCUCUCCAACCUCUCAACUCUACUCCCUCCCAGUGACCCCAUACGCUAUUCUCCAUAUCCCUGGCAAUCCCGGCCUAGUUUCGUACUACACACACUAUCUCGCGGCUCUUUCAGACCAUCUUUCCAACAUCCCGGGAUGUGAAUUCACGAUUUUCGGUGCCUCUUUAGGCGGAUUUAAUACUUCUGAAUCUCCAGAUUCACCAUCUUCUUUCGUAUCUCUACAAGACCAAAUAUCUCGUCAAGUAGAAAUGGUAUCCCACUUACUAACCACCCACCCAUCUCUUAAAAUCAUAAUAACAGGGCACAGCCUAGGCGCCUACCUCCUACUCUCCCUUCUUCACAAUCUCUCACUCCACAAUCCAGAUUUGAAAUCAAGAAUAAUAGGAGGAAUUGGUCUCUUCCCCGCAUUAACCCAUCUCGCAAAAUCGAGUUCCGGAAGAACGGUAACUCCGUUCGUAAACAUUCCUGGUGUUCUACCGUUUUUGGUUGUUUUGGCAAAAGUUUUGGUUACAUUGAUACCAGCGGUUAUAUUAAACUUUUUGAUGAAGAUAUUGAUGCCUGCGCAUGAACAGAGUGCGAGGGAUACUACGUUAUCGUUUCUGAAGAGUCCUUUGGGGGUUAAGCAGGCGUUAUAUCUUGGUAGAGAUGAGUUAUUGCAUAUUAAAGAUGAUGAAUGGGGUACUAGCGUUUGGGGCGAUGAAGGUAGUAAUGGCAAUACGGAGUUAGUGUUCUACUAUGGAGAAAAGGAUCAUUGGGUAUUUGAUGGUGAGAGGGAGAAGUUGAUCGAACAGAGAGGGAGAGGAGGGGUCAGAUGGAUUGAAAAGGAUGGAUGUGAAAUUAUGCAAGAUAGAUGGAAGCCCAGAAUGAUUGUUUGUGAAGAGGGGGUUAGGCACAGUUUUUGCGUUUCGACUGAAUUCUCGGAGUUAAUGGCAGAUAAGACAGCGAGAUGGGUGGAAGAUAUCGUGGAGAAAGAUAUGAGGGGCAUAUGA